AUGGCUGCCGAGAAUCACUUCGAGCAUCUAGAUCCAGCACUCGACCGUCCCGAGCUCGCAGGGAUUGGCAUCUCAGGGAACGUAGGCGUCGGUCUAUUUGUAAUGUCUGGCGCCCUGAUCACUACUGCUGGAUCCAUAGGAGGACCAUUGAGCUAUGUCGUUGCCGGUGGCACAGCUGCAUGCGUUCUUUAUACGCUUACGGAGAUGGUGGCAUGCCGCCCGUGUACUGGAUCAUUGAUUGAUCUGCCGCAUCAUUUUCUUGAUCCGGCCUGCGGAUUUGCAGUAGCCGCUUCAUACUCCCUUGCGAACGUGUUUUCAAUGGCGACGUUAACUGCGUACUCUGCGGAGUUGACAGCACUUUUAAAGGACAAACCAGAACGACAUUCGACUAAGGUGGAAGUCGGAAUCAACGUUGCUUUGGUAGCCCUGACGGCAUUUUCUCAUUGCCUCGGAGUCCAAGUAAUCAUGGUGUACAAGCUGAGCCUCUUUGUGCUCGUCUGUAUCUUGAUGGUCAUCAUCAAUGUUGGAGGUGGCGGUCCUCGCCAGGGAUCAUUUCACGGAAACUAUACCUCCUAUGCCUUGACACCGGGCUUUAAACCCGCCGGGUUUCAAAUCAUGCCUGAAGCCUACCUGCAAUCCAGCAGCGUCCCAGAUACGCAAUUUGGUAUUCCGGGGCCUGGAGGACGCCUUUUCGCUUUCUUGUCAGUUAUACCUCACACAAAUACUUUUCAGGGAACAGGACUAACUGCGUCGAGUAGGACGGCUUCCACAUUUGCCAUGUUCUCUUGCAUGGGUGGGGAAAUGGUUGCUAUGACAGCAGGCGAGGCAAGAAAUCCCUGGAAAGACGUUCCAGUAGUGAUGUCUUUCGUCUACCUCGUUCCACUUACGCUCUACCCGUUCAUUCUCAUGUCUGGUGCAGCCAACGUCAAUUACGCUGAUCCAAAUCUGCCGAAGAUUUGGGCGGCAGGUAGUGGAACCAUGUCGCUAUCGCCUUUCGUCGCUGCACUCCAAUCGUCAUCCUUGCAUGCUAUCUCGAAAGCACUUGACCUAUUUUUUAUCAUAUCCGCCUACACAGCUGCUAACACCGGACUAUAUGUCUCGUCGCGAAGUGUCUUUGUGCUUUCGCAAAAGUAUAUGCCGAGAAAAAUAGCCAAUGUUUUCGGCAAAACCAACAACGGACACACCCCUCUCGCGGCUAUCGCUCUCUGCUCGGUCUUCGGAUUCAUUUCCCUCGCAGGUCUUAGCAAGUACGCUUACUCUCAGCCUCGUCAGACGCUCUCAUUAUUCUUUACCGGCUCUGUAGCUUGUGUCUACAUCUGUGAAUGUGCUACAUUCCUAAGAUUUAAAGCAGGGCUCGAGAGACUUGAGAAACGAGGGAUCCUUAGCCGUAACGAUCCUCUCUAUAUUUCGAGGAUGUUUAAGUCGCGUUGGCAACCGAUACCGGCUUAUAUUGGGAUCGUGGGAUGUUCCUUCGUGGCUGUAUGGUCCGGCAUUCCGCCUCUGUAUAUCCUGUGGGCGAAAGGCGGAUUGACUUCUACGAGCAACCUGAAGUCAAACGUGGCUCUAGCCUGCGACGUCCUUGGGGCGUACUCUGGACCCCUCCUCUUCGCGACCUUCUACCUAUCCUACAAAUACAUAUCUCCACGCUCCUUCAGGGUAGAGCUAUGCGACCUUACCCCUAGCGACUAUAUUCCCGAAAACUUGGCAUCUGCCUCAGGCUACGUAACCACCGCUCCUUCGCCACCCGGUGCUCCGGAUCCGGCCGCGCUCCCGAGGGCAGUCGAGCUCGAAGUAAAGCACUGCAGUUUCGCCAGCCCAGAUGUCGAGGCAGGGCAGGAGCGGCAUGCGGGCGUGGAAGUGAUGGAGUUGACCCCGGACCAGCUCGACGAAAUCGAAGAGAAAGAAGCGAUAGCGGAGCAGAGGAUAAGGAUCGUUAACGUGCUAAAGAAGCGGCCAAAGAGGAUGGAAAGACCGCUCUGGAGGGAGCUCUGGAGCUGCCUUGUAAAGGACAAUGUUCCCUCGCAGGAGGCGGAGGAGCGGACUUGA